AUGUCCCCCUUGAAGGCUCGUCAGUCGUCGCCCACCUCGGAUCAUUCCAAUUCAGAUGGCAAUAUCCGCAAAAGGGUCUGCAAGGCCUGUGAUCGCUGUCGUUUGAAGAAAUCCAAGUGUGACGGCACCAACCCCUGCAGUCGAUGUCGAGCCGACAAUGCCAUCUGCGUGUUUGGAGAGAGGAAAAAGGCGCACGAUAAGGUGUAUCCCAAGGGUUACGUGGAAAUGCUCGAACAACAACAGCAAUGGCUGGUCCGCGGCCUCCAAGAGCUCUAUCGCCGGGCCUGUCGAGGGGAAGGCUGGCCGGGAGAACCGCUGAGAUGCGAACCCAACGGACAUCCCCUCACCCACGACCUCCUCACCCGACUCCGCGCCCUAGACUGCGGCAAUGGGGAGCGCUUCGAAGAGAACACCGAGAUCAUGCAGCGCGAGUGCCUCCAACAGCACGGCAGCAUGCAACGGCAGGUCUCGUCCGCCAGCAGCCCCGACAGUGCCCAGUCCCCCGAGAUCCCCCCGCGCUUCAACGACCCAUUCGCACGAUCCCAUAUGCCCCCGACGCCCCCGACCUUUAGCCCGUCGCGGGCCCCGAGGAUCAAGACCGAACCGCGUUUAGCUCCCCACCCUUCGGGCGGCAGCAGCAGUAUCUCCUCCCCUCCCUCGGGCAAUCCCCGGCAACCGCAACAGCAACAGCCGCAGCCGCAGCCGCAGCCGCAGCAGCACCCGUUAAAUCCUUCUCCUUUUGGUGGGCCGAUGGCGAUGGCCGGGGUAGUGAACCCACUCGCUUUACAGACCUGGCCCCCCGGGUUGGGGUCGUUGGACGAGAUGGACAUGAUGGGGACGGCGGACUACACGAAUUUCACAUUUGAGGAUCCGAUGUCGUCGCCGAUAUUCGGUCGAUCGGCGGGGAUGCCUUGCACCUACCUGGACGGCAGCGACGAGGUCAUCAAUCAGUAUCUCAACCCGCGGGAAGUGACUUCUUAA